UGCUACUCACAUGGCGGCUCAACACCAGCUCCAUGCACCACGCCACGACAUGAAAUCCUCGCCGGAGAGAUAACCCGCAUAUAUGGCCUACGAUGGCCACACUAUCUACACUACGAGAACGCGGCGACCCGCUAUUAGAUCUCUACAAGCACUAUGCCACGCUCCUCAAGUCGCGCGUCCGCGACACGUCCAAGCUCACGAAGCUCCUCUCAACCGUCACACUUCUCUUCACAAUCAUAGGCGCGGGGUACGGGACAAGAAGAUGGUACCAGAGUCAACGCGCGGAAAAAGAGACGGGGAGACGGUUGCUGAGGCGGAAUUCGGGACUCAAGAACAAAGAUGGCUCGAGGACCAUCUACGUCCCCUACCGCGACUCGACAUCCAAGGUCGUCAUCAAUCCUACCAAGCAGACUACCUUUGACGCGCAUAGAAGGCUCUUCCUCCAGCCUCCACGUGCCGCCCGCAUGCCCGAUGCGAGCAACCCGCAAGCGCCGCCGCCGCAGACGAAGCCUGGUCUGAAUCUCGCCUUUUUGCACCAGUUUCUCAGUCUUCUGAAUAUCAUGAUACCACGGUGGAACAGCAAAGAGACGGGUCUGUUGGUCAGCCAUGGUGUCUUUCUGAUGCUGAGGACCUACCUCUCGCUGAUCGUGGCGCGCUUGGAUGGAGAGAUUGUGAGGGAUUUGGUCGCAGGCAACGGGAAGGCUUUCCUAUGGGGCAUAUGCAAGUGGCUUGGUGUCGGCACCUUUUCGUCGUACACAAACGCGAUGAUCAAGUUUCUGCAGAGCAAGGUCUCGAUUGCGUUUCGAACGAGGCUUACGCGGUACAUUCACGACUUGUACCUGAACGAUCAGCUGAACUACUAUAAGUUGUCAAACUUGGAUGGCGGAGUGGGACUGGGCGCGGAUCAGUACAUCACGCAGGACUUGACGCUGUUUUGCGCCAGCGCUGCGUCGUUGUACUCGUCGCUGGGCAAGCCGUUUGUCGAUCUGUGUGUGUUCAACUAUCAGCUCUUCCGAUCACUGGGCCCAUUGGCUUUGACUGGUCUGCUGAGCAACUACUUCCUGACAGCAACAAUAUUACGGAGACUAUCACCACCCUUCGGCAAGCUGAAGGCAGUUGAAGGGCGCAGGGAAGGAGAUUUCCGUGCCCUGCAUUCGCGCCUAAUUGCCAACGCAGAAGAAGUCGCUUUCUACGGCGGCGACCAAAUGGAAAAACACUUCCUCGAGCGCGGCUUCAAGGACCUUAAGCACUGGAUGGAAGGCAUCUACAGCCUCAAGAUUCGCUACAACAUGCUGGAGGACUUUGUACUGAAAUACUCCUGGUCAGCAUUCGGCUACCUCAUCACAUCCCUUCCUGUCUUCCUCCCAGCAUGGGGCGGUCUAGGCGGCACUCCCGAGCUGGCAGGUGGAGAGAGAGAAUACCGAGAGCGGAAUCGCAUGAAGGAUUUUAUCACAAACAAACGCCUUAUGCUCUCCCUGGCCGAUGCAGGCGGCCGCAUGAUGUACUCGAUCAAAGACCUCUCUGAGCUCGCUGGCUACACAUCCCGUGUCUACACACUGAUCAGCACACUCCACCGUGUCCACGCAGACGCUUACUACCCACCUCCCGGCACACGGCCAGAACUAUACUCUGUCUCCGACGCUCAAGGCACAGUGCACAAAGGCUUCGAUGGCCUGCGUCUCGAACACGUGCCUGUCGUUGCACCCGCCCUGCACCCCAUGGGCGGCGAAGAACUUCUCGAGUCCCUAUCCUUCAUCGUACACUCGGGCGAACACCUCCUCAUCACGGGCCCCAACGGUGUCGGUAAAAGCGCCGUCGCCCGUAUCGUCGCCGGUCUUUGGCCUACAUAUCGCGGUCUCGUCUCUCGGCCACGCAGCGUCGGUGUCGACGGCAUCAUGUUCCUGCCUCAGCGCCCGUAUCUCAGCACGGGCACGCUGCGUGACCAAGUCAUCUACCCGCAUACAGCGGUUGAUAUGAAAGACGCCGGACGCAGCGACCAUGAGCUCAGCAAGAUACUCGAGGAGGCGAGGUUGGGCUAUUUGCCCGAUCGGGAAGGCGGCUGGGACACCAAGAAAGUGUGGAAGGAUGUUUUCAGUGGGGGUGAGAAGCAGAGAAUGGGAAUUGCAAGGCUGCUGUACCAUGAGCCGCGGUAUGCCUUUAUAGACGAAGGGACGAGCGCUGUGUCAAGUGAUGUGGAGGGCCUUUUGUAUGAGAUGUGCAAGGCCAAGGGUAUCACACUCAUAACAAUCUCCACCCGCGCCUCCCUCAAACGCUACCACACAUACACCCUCACCCUCGGCAUGGGCGAGUCCGGCGAGGAAUGGGAGUUCCAGCGCAUCGGCACUGCGUCGGAGAAAUUGUCCGUCGAGAAGGAACUUGCCGAGCUGCGCGAGAGACUGGCCAAGGUGGAGGAAUGGAAACAGAGAAGGCAGGAGAUUGAGGACGAACUAAAUAAAGUCUGGGUCGAGGGCGAGGGCAAGGAAUUGGCGCCGCCUGCUUACCUUGAGACGGAGGGGGUAGUGGGCGAUGAAAGCAGUGAUGUGGCUGAGGAUGUUGGUGGUAAGGUGGAGAACGAAGAGCGGCGCGUUGAUGUGGAGAGUGGAAGGGAGUGGGAAGGAGAGGGGUUGUUUGGAUCUGGUCAGACGGAAUGAGCUUGGGCGAUCGUUACGAGUUUAUGCAUUGUACAUGUUGCUUGUCCAGAGAGAUUGACUUCGGAGAAUUGAAUUCGUGGUUCUGUCUCAAAAAGACCCAAGCAAUACGGCGACUCCGGAGAACGUUCGCCAAGACGUCUUUCCUUUUAUCAUGCACGUUGGUAACCGUCACGGGC